AUGAACAACAGGUGCAUCUUGCAAAUUGUUCUCCUGUUGUGCUUCCCCACCACAACUCUUUCCCUAAGUUACCACCUGCUUCGACUCCAACAGAGCAGCAGCAGUUUGGAAUGUCAGAAGCUCCUGCAGCAGUUGAAUGGAAGGCCUGAAGACUGCCUCAGUGACAGGAUGGACUUCAAGAUCCCCAAGGAGAUCAAACAUCCACAGCAGCUCCAGAAGGAGCACGCUGCCUUUGUCAUCUAUGAGAUGCUCCAGGACAUCUUUGUUAUUUUCACAAGAAACUUCUCUAACACUGGCUGGAAUGAGACCAUUGUCAAGGACCUCCUUGUUGAACUCCAUCAGCAGAUGGACCUCCUGGAAACAAUCCUGGAAAAAAAACUGGGAGAGGAAAACAAAAGCUGGGGAAACUCCAGGACUAUUCUGCACCUGAAAAGCUAUUAUUGGAGGAUCCUGAGGUACCUGAAGGCCAAACAGUACAGCAGCUGUGCCUGGACAGUGAUCCGAAUGGAACUCUUCCAGAACUUCUCCUUCAUUAACAGACUUAUGGAUCACUUUCAAAACUGA